UGUCGCUUAAUUUUUCUUGCUUAAAUUAAGGUAGUCGUUAAUUGUUUGAACCAUCUGAUUGGUCCGCGAUUUCUAAUUAUCACGUUCUUGCGCUGAGGCGAGGCUCGUGUGUAAACCUCUUACAUCACCAAUGUGCAUGCUUUACUCCUUUUUAACAUACAAUGGAUCAUGUGAAUUCAUUAACGCAAGUGUAGUACGGGUCUUGUUCGGGUGCAUAUCUGACUUCUGACACUGUAAGCCACCACGUAGAUCAAAAGAAACAUGGCAAAUGAAAACUCGCUCCUUGAAAGCUUCGAGUCUUUGGCGGUAGGAAGUAAUUGGAAGAAACCAGAGGAACCUGAUCCAAUUAAUGUUCCAAUUUUUGCGUCUUCUACUUUCAAGACUUCUUCCGUAGAUCACGCAGAAGAACUUGCAUUGGGAAAGGUGAGAGUUCUAAAUUUGACAGAGUCUUUCCACCUGUUAAGCGCACAACAUCGUUUAGAAGUAUAUAUACUUUUAUCAGUACAAGUUGACAUGGUAAACUCGGAAACAUGGGAUUGUGUACUAUCGAAACUUUUUGGUUCUUCUAAAUUUUUCAUUUCCGUCACGAUCAGGUUGGGUGAUCACUCCGCCCAAUGGAGAAAGUUCUAGUAGGAAUAAAAUUUUUAAAGUAAAUUUCUGUUUUAAAUUUUGUCCUUGUUCCAAUUUUUAGUUUUUCACUUAAACGCGCCAAAUAACUCGGAAAAUCAGCUGAUCAAAUUGCGUUGCUACGGCGAGUUUCUCUACUGUGAUGCGCGGCUUUGAGCGCCACGCACAAUUUUCAGCAGAUCUGUUGAAAGUAUGUUAAUUCCAAGAAUUCCUUGCUGUCUUAUCUUCGCAAGGAUCUAUUCGUGUGUUUGUGUUAGGCUAAGAUAAAGAAAAAAAAAUCGCGCGGCGCAGCCAUAUUGUUUUACGCAUAAAUUAAAACUUAUUCCUUCUGCAGUCAUAAGUAUGCCAUUUCUUAGGAAAGUAAGCGAUAUUCUUAACAAUGGUUACGCAGUGUCAUUUAUAUAAAGGGCAAUCGAUGUAUAGAGGGCUGAUUCAGGCGCUAAAAGACCGUUAAAAGAGAGUUUCUGCCGUCCUAAUGUAAUCACUACACGUGUCGAAUAAUCACAUUCAAAGGACAUGAAUAAUCAUGAUUACUUUGCAAUAUAUUGAUAUUUAGAGUGGCGAUAUCUUCCUAACACGCAAGACUCAGCAAAUUUUUCGGUGACAUGAGGGGAAAAUGAAGGAAAAGCUGAAGAACUCCGAGAGACCUUCGGACGUAUGCGAUAUUCUCGACAUUUAAUAUAAAGGGCAAUUGAAGUCUUAGAUGGCUGAUUCAGGCGCCACAGGGCCGUUGAUCAGUUUCUGCCGUCCUAAUGUAAUCACUACACGUGUCGAAUAAUCAUAUGCUUAAGGACAUGAAUAAUCACGAUCACAUUACAAUAUAUUGAUAGUUAGAGUGGCGAUAUCGUCCCAACACACAAGACUCAGCAAAUUUUUCUGUGACAUAAAGGAAAAAAUGAAGGAAAAGCUGAAGAACUCCGAGAGACCUUCGGACGUAUGCUUGAUAAUAAUUUCUCUUGCAUGUCUGGAAAAUUUCAAUCGGUAAUACACUAUUUCACUUGUGAUUUAAAAUUUUGAGUUAAAGGUGGAACUUGUCUCUUGCAUGAAGGUCGACUUAAACUUGUGGAUCACUCGUGAUGUAAUUCAAUUCAAAGUAAUCAUUCCCCCAACAACCUCAGAAUUUUGACUAACUAGACAUUGCAAAAUCAUAAUUUGGUUCCCUUUCUAUUACAAAUUUAAUAUCUUUGGCCCGGUUAUUUAAAGCUGGGUAAGACUACCCAAGAUUGGUGCAAAAUCUAAUCUCACGCCUGAAAGCCUUAAGAGAAAAUUCAGUAUAAUUAAUUUUUUUUCUAGAAUUUGAUUAUUGGAUGCUUUACAAAGAAAAGCAAAUACUAAACUGACCCAAAAAGACUUUUAAACAAAGGAAUAAGGCCAAGGUCCACUAGUUUUAUGUUCCUCUUCAUUUCAAUUUUUGGGUAUGUGAUUUUUUUGAAAACUGUCCAGUUGAUUCUCAUUCAAGGAGAAGUAUUCCAGAUAGAAAGUGAAUGCUCUUAGGGUUUUUUAAAAUGUGCCUUUAAUAAUAUAUUGUUGGUAACAAUGGGUAAGAUAAUGUUGUAGGGGCUGUGUGUAAGGGGGGAAGGUUUGGUGACAAUUUUUUUUGGAUAGACCUUUUAUUUUCAACCCACAGGUAUCAUAACAGACAAAAACUACAUCAGUUUAUCCAAUUUUUUUUCAUUUUCAUCAAUUUUCAUGCAGAAAUAAUGAAGUUGUUGUUGGUUACUCUACUUCCUUAUUUAUCCAAUUUUUUAUGUUGUCUGUAAGGUUGUUAUAGUUGGCUUAGAGAGUGGAACUUGCACAGGUAGAAAAGGCAUUCGGGAAUGGACAAAUUACAAUAGGAAAUAAUGGCCAAAAAAAUUAUUCGGAGAAAAAACUAGUGUGCAGAGAAAACCACCCAAAACAUUGCUCGGUUGACUUUUCACUCUUUUCUUAUGAUGAAUCAAUUUAUUUAAGAGAUGUUACCUUGUAUAAAAGUUCUGCAAUCUGAGAGUUAUCCAGCAGAUAACUUACUUUUUCUGAUAUUUUUUCCUCAUUGUUACUUCCUACAAUUAUGUACACCCCCUCCUCCUUUCCCUAUUCUAUGCUGCUGUGGUAUUUUACUCAUUGUAAGAAUUGAAAUGUUCUUUUCAGAGUGGCUGGUUGUAUUCACGUUGGAUAAACCCCACUGUUGAUGCUGCAGCUCAAACACUCAACAAUUUAGAGGGUGGACAGGGUACAUUGUUGUUCUCCUCAGGAAUGGCUGCUAUUACAAAUGUUCUGUUUGCUACCCUAAGUUCUGGAGAUCAUGUGGUUAGUAUUGCCAUGUUUCUGCCAACUAAUGACUUUUCAUUUGUUUGAUUUUUCUUCAAACAAUCUAUAGUAGUUGCCAUGUUUCUUAGUUAAAUCUCAUCACCUGUCUUCACUAUAGCAUUUCAAUAAUGUUAAAAGAAUUAACCCUUCACUCCCAAGAUGUGAUAUAAUUAAUUCUCCUCUCUAACUGUUACACAUUUCUUUGUGGAUUAGUUACAAGAAUUUGGUGUUAUAUCUAGAUUAAAACUUCUACCUGAUAGGCUUGAGUACUCUCAAUACCUGUUUGUUAGAUAACAUAUGUAUAUUAUUGGGAGAGGAUAUGUGUUAAUAACUUCUGGGAAUUAAAGUGUUUAGCCGCACUCACUGAACACUACUACAAGUCCAAGGGUUAAAGUCAGGGCUCUUGUUGUUCAUUGUCCAACUCUGAUCCUUUUUCUCAAAGAAACUACUUAUAUUACCUAAUUGAUUUGCAAAAGCUUUUGUUUUGUUGAUAAUCCCAGUGUCAAAGUUUAGUUUUACUUCAUAUUUCUCUCUUGUAAUGUCACUGAUUAUUGAGACAGUGCUAUAACUGAAGAAGCUGACUGCUCUGUGUUUGUUUAAGGUGGGUCCCAGAAUGGUGUACAGUGGAACUUUAGCCCUGUUUCGAAAUCAUCUUCCACGAUUUGGAGUAGAGUGCACUCUGGUGGAUGGCUUUGAUGUUUCCAGUUAUCGCAAAGCUGUGAAACCAAACACCAAGGUGUGGAUUUAAGUCAAAAUUAAAUUUUAAAGUCAUUCAUCCAGCUUUACCUGUACCUGUAAAAGGAGACAAACUUUAAUAUUUUUUCUACUGACAAAUGACAAACCAGCUUAUCAGAAAUGUAAAAGGGAAGAGGUACAGAGAAGUUGAUCCCAUGAUGCAAACCCCUCACCCCCACCACACCUCUGGCUAUUCUGGAGUCUCACAGAUACUAACAAAUUUUUGGCACCCAUUGAUAGUUCACUGAAUUUUCCAUUGAAUGGUAUCUCCAGAUCUGAUCAGUUUUCCAGAGCUUUGCAUUUCUGAGAAAUCAGUGCUUUUCAAUCCACCCUUGUGCAUUAACUAAUCUUGCUUUGUUACCUAUCUCUGUAGCCAGGGAGCACGUCCUCAUUAUUAAAACUGCUUCACAUAUUAGGGUUUCUUUGCCUGCAAAUAAGUUAAAGCCCUUGAGCAGAGCAAGCCAGCAAAAAGAUUGAGGUCUGCAAAAGGGAUCUGGCACCUCAUUAUCAGUGCAAGACCAUAUGCAGACAUUUUACCAGCUAACAUUGCUGAAGGCCUCCAGUUUGUUUGUGGGUGACUGACUUACUGUCCCUAAAAUCUAAUUGUCAACUGCUGUGUAUUCUUUUUUGUAAAUAGGUUUUGUACUGUGAAACACCAUGCAAUCCGACAAUGACCCUGACAGACCUGGAGGAGUUUGGAAAACUUGGCAAAGAACUUGGUAUCAUUACCAUGUGUGACAGUACCUUUGCUUCAUCAUUUAAUCAAAAACCUAUUCAACAAGGAAUUGAUGUUGUCAUUCACAGCUGGUAAAGUAAUAAUACCAUGUUCUCUCAAUUAGCACCCCUUUUGGACUUGUCAAAAUUCCCUUCUGCCCCGUGAUAAAAAAGAAUGCGGAGUCAAUCAACCACCCCUCCUCCCCAUGAAAUUUUUAGAAGAGAUAUUUAGCCCUUUUUUUUCUUUAUAGUAGGUCAUAAUUCUUGGCUCAAACUUAAAUUUUGCAUAGUGCAUAUUUAAUUUUCUAUCAUGUUCCUGAAUGCACCUUUUCAUAUUGUGUGCUUAUCUCCUGCCUAUUUGCGGAAGAGGCAUUUUUUAUGUCUAAUGGUAAGGAUAACACUGCAGUUUUUCUUGAAAAUGCAGCUUGGCAAGGGCUACUUCAGGUUCACACUUGAAGCACCACUCCUGACACCAUACAAUAGUCAUGUUUUGUCUGCAACACAAUAAUUUUUUUUUCUGUUAACAUUGCACAGAGGGGUGACCUCUUAUACUCAUCUUAAUGCUGCUGUCUGAGAUCAUAAUGAAUAAAGAUAUUGCUCGGAAAAAAAGUCUGACAACUUUUCCUACCUGUUGGCCCAAAUGCCAUUUAGUCACUCACAUCUACAUCAUGUCUUUACUUUGAUUUCAUCUGUUUCCUUAAUUUUUUUUUUUAUCUUUUAUUCUGACUGGCCAUGGUGAUGUCCUUUGGUUUUGGGUUUUAUGCCACUUAAUGAAAGCACUGUGUAAAUAAUACUUAUCCAAUAUUUAUUUCUUUUGGCUUUAUUUCUGCUAAGCACAAAAUACUUGGGAGGCCACAGUGACAUCACAGCUGGUUCCCUUACACUGUCAUCACAGGAAUUGCACCACAAAUGCUAUGAAUUGCAGAAAUUUUUUGGAGGAUGUAUGGUAAGGUGCUCACUCAUUAUAGUGCCAAUUCUAUACUUUACCCAUUGCACUUCUUCAUUCCAUUUUCUGGCAAUUUCCCAUAACAAUUAUACUAUAUUAAUUUUCUUAAAAAGUGAGCAAAGAAAAAAACAUUGCAAAUUGCAAAUGAUACUGCUGGUUUUCAAGCUUAUCUCUAAUAAGAUUUUAAAGUAAUAUGGAGAGAUCUUUUUAAUAGAAUUGUUGGAAUGACGUGUCUUUCUCAGGGAUAUCUCAUACUUAUAAGAUUUAGAUGUUCACCAGAAUUCAAUCAAUCAAUGAAUCAAUCAUUUGAACAAUAAACCAAUCAAUCAAUCUGUGUAUCUAUCAAUCAAUCAAUUAAUCAAUCAAUUAACCAAUCAAAACAUUAAUAAAUCAAUCAAGGAGGCCAACCACACACCACUCAAUUAGCUAACUAAUCAAUUUAUUGUUUGAUGAAUCAUUUGAGAUCAAUCAAUUAUUCAAUUAAUAAAUAAAUAAUAAACUGCUCGAUUUUUUAAUAGAUUAGCUUUUAAAUUACUUGGGCCUCAAUAUUAAGUAAAUGAUUAUCUUCAGUUGACUCAUUUUUUGAUGUAACUCUUGUCAUAACUCAUUUUAUUCACUUCCAAGUCCACAUCUUUGUUUUGUAGUCGCCUUUCGAUGCCUUCCUCUUACAUCGUGGACUGAAAACCCUUCAUGUGCGAAUGGAGAGGCAUAAUCAAAAUGCCAUGGAAGUCGCCAAGUUUUUGGAAGGUCAUCCAAAGGUACAAAGCUCAAUUAACUGUACUUUUUUUAAACGGGAGCUGGGGAAGCAUCUGUGGAAACUUGUCCAUGUAAUGAAAAGAAGGGUGACAUUAAUGACGUUUUAGGAUACUGUUUACUUACCAUAGCUGAUAAUUAAGCCUCAGGCCUUCUAAUCAAAUAUCAUUUUGUCACCCUCAAGGCCUUCCUGAAAAAGACAGGUACCUAAAAUUCCCGAAUUGGCUCCACCGCCUUUAUUAUUGUCAAGCGCCCAUAAAACCGAAAAAUUUGAUUGACUGGAUUUAAGUUAUACCUCCUAGCAUACACAGUGAAAGAACUAAGCCUGUUCAUAGUAAGAGGGUGAAUUUUAUCCCUCCCAACUAAACGAGACUUCUCUUCUUCGCAAAAACCGCUCAGACCUUAAAAAGUCUUGUAAAAAUUUCAGUCAAAUAUCGUAAGGGUUACGAAUACGGAAGCUGGGGAAGUAUCUGGGGGAUCUUGGUAACGUUUUAGGAUAAAAUGUUUCACCCUAACAAAUGUCGUAAAGUUAUGAAUAAAUUUCAGUCAAAUGUCGUAACGGUUGAACUGAGACUCGCUCGUUUUGCUCCAUCGCCAAACUAUCGAUGUGAUUUCGCUUCCUACAUAUUUCUUUCAAUUUAAGCGUGUGAAAAUGUCUCGGAAGUUUAUCUUGACUAAAUCUCACAAGAAUCUCUACAAAACUCUCUCCGAUUUCUUUGUUCAGUUACCCUCAAAGAAAUUAACUUUUGUCAAUCAAGGCGUCAAAUUGGAGUCGAAAUAUGACAAACAUCGGCAAGAAAUACGACGGUCUGGCAAUUUUUUCGUUAAAAUUUAAGGAGAUAAGGUUAAUCGUUUUAAACGAACAGGUCUUGAAAUUUUCUUUUUUUUUUUUUUUUUUUUUUUUUUGAUAUUUAGAUUGAAAGAGUGUACUACCCAGGAUUGCCUUCCCAUCCUCAUCAUGAAAUUGCGAAGAAACAAAUGACAGGCUUCAGUGGGAUGUUGUCCUUUGAAGUGAAAGGUGGGCGAGCAGAAGCAACAAGACUUGUUGAGGUAAGAGAAGGAAGCUUUGAAUCUAUCGUCAAAAAAACUUUGAGGAACUUCUUUUGGUUUCUCAGUAAUUUUUGCGUUUUAUUUGGUUAAAAAAAAGGAAAAAAAAAAUACUUCAUUCGCUCAGACAUAGGGUCUAUACUAAAAGUGAUCACUUCACUCUCAAUUUUUCAGAGCAGGAAUCUAAGUUGUUAAAGUUGAAUCUUUGUGAUGUGCUUGAUUGACAGAAUAAUACAGCUGACUUCAUUAUGGAGUGGAUUAGAAAAUCAUCUUUGAUAAUGUCUUUACACCGAUGCAACUAAUCACAAGACAGUUUUGCUUUGAAAUUCUGUUUUUUCGUGUUUUAUUCCUCUUCAUUAUUCUGGCUUAAGAGUUUAUAGGAUUUGCGAGUGACGCUCCUUACAAAACUCUAAAUUGUGUUCUGCUUCAAACGUGUAGCAGCGUAACUCACUUGGAGGCACGGGUUCGAAUCCCGUUGAAGCCUGAUUUUUUUUUCAGGCUUCUUUUUUGCGUUUGCUUAAAUUGCAGUUCACUUGCUAGGAUCAUAGCUUUACUUGAUUUUCAUCCACAGGUCAAAUGAAAUCUAUUUCAUUAAAAAUCAUGUUCCGGGUUUUGUUUUGUUUUGAUUUUGAUUUUCGCGUCCAAAAGCUGUCAGUGAAACGUACGACACUGUUGAAAAAGGAGGGUUCUAUUGUUCUUUUUUGUAUCUAGGCGGUUUGAUGGACGUGCUGCCAUUUCCACCUUGCAUUACUAAAGAAGAUAAAAAGAGGUUAAAAACUUCAACGGUAAGGGAGCUGUAUCGCCGGGAACUCGAACCCCGCCUUACCUACAGGAUAAAAAUGGCAAAUGCAAACGGUAAAAGCGCUCAAACAAGGUGCACGCCGAAAACUUUGAAAUGUCCUCAUAAGGACUGGUUAGGCGUUGUUUACGCAGUUUAACCAGUUCAGGUGACUGCGCAUACGCCGAUAAUCCAUGGAAAGGUCCACUAGAGGACCCCAUGACGAUCGAAGAGACGUUUAGGUGGAUAAUCGUCCAGGGUGUGGAGACAAAUAGAACUUAGUGGAUUUGCUUGGUUUACAAGAUUAGGAGGCCAGAAUAACAUCCAAUGAAGGGGACCUGCAUAUCAGGUUACUGAAGGCUCCCUCUUGUUCGUUGUGUUGUGUUCUUCAUAGUGCCUCUCUCUCCCAGGGGUAUGAAUGAGUAACAGUAAGAUGUCGGGAAACAUGACAAAAUUCUGGGGGAAAGGGUAACUUGGAAUGUCCUGGCAUUUCAUCCAGGUGGAGUAGCAAUACUCCGAGUCUCUCCGCUAGUUGAGUGAGCCAUUCUCUUAUAGAGUCCAGGGCGUGAAAUUGCGCCUAAUACAGGCGCCAAUGCGACUAAAUUUUUCACUUUGGCGACGAAAUCCUGAAAAUUAGUCGCCAAAUUGGCGACUAGAAUGUUUCAUAAUAACCUUACUAAGAGAUAUGGAGAAUUGAAAUGAUUUGUAAAGAUAAAUCCGCGGCAAACUUCCUCGUUAAGUUUGGUUCCAAAACGCAGCACAUGCAUCUCGAUCGAAGACUAGACGCCAUCCUGGAUUUAGGUGAGCUUGAACGUUGCAUAUCAUCCAUCCUAGUGUCCACUUUAAAGAUAAAGCACGUUAAAGAUCUUUUCCCUAACUUAAUUUUGGAGGGUCUAUCUAGAACGCUGACUGCGUAAAAAAAGGUUUUGUUUGUCUUUGAAAAUGGCGACCAACUUCUUUUGAAUUGGCUACCACUUUGAAGAAUUUAGGAGCCAAGUGGCUUUCAGAAAAAAAAAAAUUAAUUUCACGCCCUGGGGUCUCUUUCAUCUCCCUCGAAGUGGCAAACUAACUUUACAUUUUGUCGACAGAAUUUGAAGCUGGUUAAGCUGGCAGUGUCUCUUGGUGGAGUUCAGAGUCUGAUAGAGAUAGCGACCGCCAUGACGCACCCUGAAAAGUACGUGUCAGUGGAAGAAAGGAAGGAGACUGGAUUGAAGGAAUCGCUUAUUCGAUUCAGGUGCGUACAAGAAGCUACUUACGGGACCGUGGUUAGUGGAGAUGAAUAGGGUCUGAACCUUUCAAUCGGACCUGGGGGGGUUUUGCACUUGAAUUCUUGUAAGGUAUCGGGGGUUAUGGACGAUAGGAAUAGGUAAACUUUGUAUCUAUUUUGUGACAAUUUGUAACGACGUUUGAUGACGUUUUCUGCAGUGUUGGUUUGGAGAAUGCGGAAGACUUGAAGAAGGAUCUCGAACACGCACUGGAGAAAGUGUAAUGGUGGAAUUUUUCAGCAAAUAUAUGUGAAGCAAUACUCACUUCUAAUAUUUUAUGCACGAAAAGAUCAAAUGAUCUUAUUAUUUAACCUGCACUACUUAGAAAAAAGGACUUUAAGAAUUGUAAAAGUCACCUUAUAAGAGAGUACAUCACAGCUAAAGAGAGCGAUAAGAAGGGGAUUUCAAUUACGUUUCAGAAUUAUUAAAGAUAAUAAAUGUGAUGUAGUUUUAUGUCUCAAAACGUAUUUCUUGUGAAGUGCUUUUCACUCAGAGAUAACUGAGAUACUACGAGCGUUCUCAUUGGUUAAAAACUUUUCGUUCAUUGCACCAGUAAACCAAUAGAAAAUUAUUUUAUAAAAGCAAUCGACUGCACUCUCUAUCAGUUUACCGGCGUGAUCACCCCUGGGGGAUGUUGGGAGAACACGAGAAAAGUCUCCCAUCAUGCACCUCGCGUCGGUUAUUACGCCGGAUAAACCUUUAGGAAGCGCAUUCUAUUGCUUAAAAAGGAGUCAGGUGUUAGUCUUAAAGUUUUAGAGGCGCCAAUUUCCUACCCGCUGAAAACUAUCACUCGCAUCGUGUUUUGAAACGCUUCCAAAAGUUUCUUUGUGAAGUUAAUUCCCGGUUUUACGUUAACUUCCUCAUUCUCUAAAGGCAUUUUUAAAAUGUAGUCUAACAUGUUUGCAAAUUGCGUUGAAGCUUGUCUACGUUUUCAAAUGUUGAUUGUGAAUUGCAUUCUUAAUUUUGUCCCUCACUCUUUCCAACAUUUUCCCACACUCCCACCUUUCCUUGGAAUUGGUAAAAUUUAAUUAAUAGGGCCAAAGAAUUAGAAUGGACGACGUCUAAAGGGGGGCAUAAUUUUAACUCCUCCAGCCCCAAUAAGUUUUCUGUCUAGAGGUAGAUAACAUGGUUGGGUUUUCAGGAUUUAAGUCGACCGUAUGCGACAAACUUACGACAAAUUGUGACGAUGGAUAAGUCACCUUUCAACCAACGAACGCUGUCCACUGGAGUCUAGUGCAUAAAUGUCACUAUGAAGUUGUGCUGUACGUGCCUCCACACACACAGGAGGCAUAGAAAAGGUCAGGCAAGUCCAAAUCUUCCUCCUAUAUCUAGGAUGAGUUAAACAGUUGCCGCUGUAAAAGGAAAUGAGUAUUUUAAUAUUUUAUCCAAAAUGCAUCUUUUCUCUUUGGCAGACGUUUCAGAGAUGCAUUGUUAAGCUGUAGGGAUAAAAAGAGGAUACCAUUUCCUUUUUUAACUGAUCUGUGCUGUCUAAUCCAAAAGCGUCAUUUAAAAGUGAAGAGGUGGGCCUUAAGACGGAGCAACCCCCAAAAAACAUCGCCUAGCUUUUCCUUCCCAACCCCCCUCCCCGAACAGAUUCUUUUCUUAACAGUGGUAUCCCGUGAACACGAGUUUAUUUAUAUCUUGGUAUUCUUCUAAUAUACAAGUAAAUCCUCACAUUUACCUUUAAACCCGAUUUCCGAAGUUAUCUGGGGUCCAGUCUUUGAUCUUUUCUAAAAAGAGGAAGAGAGCGGGCUCAUUCCCCGAACAGGCGCUUGUAAUCGGGUCUAGUAACUUUUAGGCUUAAGGAACUUAAGUGUGACUUCAUUAAAGGAUUGCGUCAAAAGUCUCACUUACCUGUAAAAAGAGAGCGCAACAGUAAUUAUAAACCUUUUAAAACGUGAUUAAAUGUUGCUGUACCUCUUUCCCACACACAGUUUACUCGAGUUCCCUCUUAAUCACUCUUCAAAAAUUCUUCCCAUGUGAAAAUUAAUCACUAA